AUGGCGUCCGACCACGAUGCCUUCGCCGACUGGCUGAAGACGUUGGCCCCAGAUGAGUUAGCCAAGCUCAAAGCCUUGCAUUCUGCCUCGGCGCAGAUGGCAGCCGACACAGCCGUACAGGAUGAUGCUCGGCCUUGCGAUAGUGCCUCCAGCCUAUCCCCACGUAGCCUUCUUGUCUACCAGAACCAGGAAGCCUUCUAUCAUGCCCAAGAUGGAUGUUACACAGGCCCUAUUCCAGCUUGUUUUGACUACGUCCCGCCUCAGGAUGUGGAAGACCUUGAUGAAGCCGACACGGCCCAGCCUUCCCAGACCGAAGCGGCUCAGCCUUCACAGCCUUCAGUACCGGCAGCCGAAGCCGAAGCAGCUGCAGUCACAGAGCAGCCCAUUGAGGGAGAAUACCUUCCUAUGGAGGAGCCUUCUUCCUCUACAGCCUUUCAUGCCACACCACAAGCAGGCCUUUAUUCUAUGAUGGGGCAGCUCGUCGACAUGACAGCCGUCGUCACAGCAGCCACACACCAGCAGCCUUUUCCUCUGCUCUUCUUUGAUCCCGAGGCCCAGUCCAAGCCGAUCAACCGCCAUGAGCUCUGGCAGCUCAUCAAUCAAGCCGUGCCUUCCGGAGCCAUUCACGAAGACCCCACCUGCUUCCAAGCCUUCCCAGCCGCAGCCCUCGGAGAAGCCGCCGCAGCAGAAGCGGUGCCCGAGGUCCCACACAAUUGGAAGCCGCCGGCGCAGCAAACCUUUCUGCCCGAGUCAGCCAAGGCCCAGUCGACAGAUCCGCCGACCAAAGCCAUGCCACAAGUGCAGCAAUCCCCGCCGCCCAAACCCAAGGCCUCGGAGCCACAGACGGCGCAGGAAACAGCCACGGUGCCCGCACAGGCCCCCGCAUCCAGCCAAGCACUGCCCAUACCGAAAGUUGCCACUGCCACACCCAGCCCACAGCCUUCCCCGGAGCCAGCUUCCAGCAGUUCCGACCAGGCCCCACGCUCAGCCUUGCAUAGCCAGACCAGGGAAGGGGUCUUCUUCGAGGCGGAGUUCCUUGCAUCCGACCACAAGCCUUCAUACCCUGGCCGUACCUCGUGA